ACACCAAAGUUUUUCUUUGUACUUCUGUACAAGAAGAAGAAUCUUGCUUUUUCUUUUUUGGCCUUUGGAAUCCAUCAAUGGCGUUUAGUCGAAGUUUCAAAAGCAAAUAUAGAUAGAUAGAAAGAGAAAGAGUGGUGUAAAAAUGGAGAAAUCUCAGUGAGUGAGAGAAAAGGUGGAAUAGGGACACACAGAUUGUUUCUUGUUUGUAUUGGUUUUCACUAAAUUCCGUAAGAUCUCCAGCUCGAUUUGUUUUGGAUUCUUUUUUUAUCUGUACUACAACACCACUCAAGUAGACAGAUUGACUCUUGAUUAAACCCUACUACUACUAACUUGUAAGGAGUACACAGAAGCAGCUAUCAAUUGUCAUUUAUCUUUCAAGAGUUGGUAAUGUACGGAUUGAUUUCUUUCCUGUUUCAACCCUGUUCUCAAAAUUAGGGCUACUAUUCAAGAGUUUACUUUAUAAAUUUCUGGUGGAAUUACAGAAGGAAAAAAAAAGUUGAUUAUCAAAAUUAUCUGGUUGGAUUUGUUUUUCCUCUGUGCACAACAUUCUAGGAACUGCAAGCAAAUGUUUCUUUCAAGAGAGGAGAAGACAAAUUUAUUCACUGUUUUUUUUCUAUUUUAUCAAUUUUAAAUUACACUCCCAGCCAGAACUCAUCAGAGAGUCUCUUCAAUCAAUUUGUUCUGUGGAGUGGACCCUGUCUUGUAUUGUUUCAGAACUCCAGUGGUCUUGCAGAGAGAAAAAGAAAAAGAGUUGUAAUGGAAUUUUUGCUUACUGGUGGUCUUGUUUGGUUCUUUGUUUCUGCAGCUCUUAUAAGCUAAAACCUUUUCAUUUUACAAACAGUGAUCAUGGUCAUGGCAAGAAAAAGAAUCUCUACUUCAACCAUUCUGCUGGUUUUGUUUUUGUUUUCCAUUACAGUUCCUUCUUCUUGUGCAGAGACAUUGCCAUCUUCUCAAGCUCAAACACUGAAAAGAAUCAGAAAACUUUUGAACAUUCCAACUCUAUUAACCAACUGGAGAAACACUACAGAUGUCUGCAACAUUGAACCGACUCAAUCUUUAACUGUUGUUUGUUAUGAAAAGAGUAUAACCCAACUUCAUAUUACUGGUAACAAGAGUACUCCUUCAUUACCUCAUAAUUUCUCAGUUGAAUCUUUCUUUGAUACUCUUGUUAAACUUCCUACAUUGAAAGUUCUUUCAUUGGUUUCUCUUGGUUUAUGGGGUAAUUUACCUUCUAAAAUUUCUCAAUUGUCUUCUCUUGAGAUACUUAAUAUGAGUUCAAAUUUCUUGUAUGGUGAUAUUCCUCAAGAAAUUUCUUCACUGAGUAACCUUCAAACACUAAUACUGGAUGACAAUUUGUUUACGGGCCGAGUUCCUGGUUCACUUGGUGAGCUUCCAGUUUUAACUGUUCUGAGUUUGAGGAAUAAUUCACUAACUGGCUCUUUACCUAGAUCAUUUAGCUCCUUGGAAAAUCUCAGAGUUGUCGCGCUUUCAAUGAAUCGGUUGUCUGGCCAAGUGCCCAAUUUUAGCAGUUUGAGGAACCUCCAAGUGUUGGAUUUGGAAGAUAAUUACUUUGGACCUCAGUUCCCUAAGUUGGGGAGCAAAUUGGUUACUCUUGUAUUGAGGAAGAACAGGUUUAGGUCUGCUAUUGAUUCUGAAUUAAUCACAUACCGUCACCUUCAAAAGUUGGAUAUUUCUUUCAACAGAUUCGUUGGGCCAUUUCCGACGGCAUUAUUAUCUCUCCCAUCCAUUGCCUAUCUUAAUAUUGCUGCAAACAAAUUCACUGGGAUGCUUUUGGAAAAUGUAUCAUGCAGUGCUAGACUUGGUUUUGCGGAUUUAUCAUCAAAUCUUUUGACUGGAAGAGUGCCUACUUGCUUGGUGUCUAGUUCUAGAAACAGAGUUGCGCGAUAUGCAAGAAAUUGUCUUGCAACUGGAGAUCAAAAUCAGCAUCCUUAUUUCUUUUGCCGUAAUGAGGCUUUAGCAGUGGGAAUAAUACCCUCUUCACAAAAGAAGCAAAGAAGAGCUGCUAAAGCAAAGAUUGUCUUAAUUAUAGUCGGAGUAAUGUUGACAACAAUUGGACUAGUGGGUCUGAUUAUUUUCUUGGUAAUGAGGAGAGAAAAUGCGAAGAGGAUGGUGAAAAGGCCACCUCCAAGAUUGAUAACAGAAAAUGUGUCAACUGGUUACACCUCAAAACUGCUAUCUGAUGCAAGAUAUAUAUCUCAAACGAUGAGAUUGGGAGCACUUGGCCUUCCCUCUUAUCGAGCAUUUUCUCUUGAAGAACUCGAGAGGGCCACUAAUAACUUUGCUUCAUCAGCUUUCCUGGGUGAAGGCUCUCAUGGUCAGAUGUAUAGAGGUAAGCUAAACAAUGGCUCCAGUGUUGCCAUUAGAUGCCUGAAAGUGAAAGGAAGGCACAGCACUCAGAACUUUAUGCAUCAUGUUGAACUGAUUUCAAAACUCAGACAUCACCAUUUGGUCAGUUCACUUGGACAUUGUUUUGAGUGUUACCUGGACGAUUCAAGUGUCAGCAGAAUAUUUCUAGUCUUUGAAUACGUGCCGAAUGGGACACUCCGAAGUCAUAUAUCAGCAGAGGGAUUUGGGGAGCAAAAACUUACCUGGGCACAGCGGAUAGCAUCUGUAGUUGGCAUAGCAAAGGGUAUCCAAUUUCUCCAUGUUGGAAUUGUGCCUGGUGUAUUCUCAAAUAACUUAAAGAUAACAGACAUACUGCUGGAUGAAAGUUUUGUUGCAAAAAUCAGCAGUUAUAACCUUCCUUUAUUAGCGGAGAACAUGAGAAAGGUGGGUGGAGUUUCUACUAGUAGAUCAAAAGAACACAGUAUCAUCGGAAGGACAACUUACCAGGACAAACUUGAUGUCUAUGAUUUUGGAGUAAUUUUACUAGAAGUCAUUGUAGGAAGGCCAAUCACAUCUAGGAAUCAAGUAACUACUUUGAAAGAACAGAUACAAGUGGCGAUAACUGCCAAUGAUACUGUUCGUAGAAGCAUAAUCGAUCCAGUUGUUUGUGACGGAUGUUCUGAUGAAUCAUUGAAGACAGUGAUGGAUAUUUGUUAUAGGAGCCUAUCAUAUGAACCAAGUGAAAGACCUUCUAUUGAGGAUGUUCUGUGGAAUUUGCAGUUUGCAGCUCAGGUUCAGGAGGAAUGGGGCAGGGAUUCUGGCAGCAACAGAGGUUCCCCAGGAUUCCAUGUUUCCCCUUCACAACCUGGACCAUGGCAACUUUCCAUCCCCUGAAGAGAAAUUACAGAUUGUUUUCCCCAGUUGAUUGCAGGUAGUAAAUCUUGCUCGUACAAGCUAAAUGCGAUUUCAUUUAUUAAUGAAAGUCAGAGUUGAAGCACGGUUAUGUAACAACAAAAGGAACAAAUAAUAACCUUAGUUCAACAUUCCAUGUAAAGCGUGCGAUUUUCAUGGGCCAUUGCUGAUGCAGACAUGCCAUCAUUUUCAGAUUUUGUGGUGCCCAACUUUACCAUAAGAAGAAAACCACCCUAGAAAAAGAAGAAGGGUGUAAUACAGAUAUACUCCAUGACAAUUGAAGGUGGCAAAAGUAUACAACCCAUUAAACA